GGCUCAUCCCUGCACUAGCGGCUGUAGCCGAGACGCCCGCGCUCCAGCAGCUGCUGCAGCCCAGCCCCGGCCACGCUGUAGCCCCGCAGCCCUGCAGCCCCGCAGCCCCGGCUCACCCAGCGAGGACAGCUUCAGGAGGCGACCCCAAGCGCGCCCACAAAGACCCCCGGCGGCUUCUCUCCGCGGACCGGUUCUACUUUAACUCCAUCAUGUCCUUCGGCAGAGACAUGGAGCUUGAGCAUUUCGAUGAGCGGGACAAGGCACAGAGAUACAGCAGAGGGUCGCGGGUGAAUGGGCUCCCCAGUCCCACACACAGCGCCCACUGCAGCUUUUACCGAACCCGCACGCUGCAGACCCUCAGCUCUGAAAAGAAGGCCAAGAAGGUUCGUUUCUAUCGAAACGGAGAUCGAUACUUCAAAGGGAUUGUGUACGCCAUCUCUCCAGACCGGUUCCGAUCAUUUGAGGCUCUGCUGGCUGAUUUGACCCGAACUCUGUCGGAUAAUGUGAAUUUGCCCCAGGGAGUGAGAACAAUCUACACCAUUGAUGGGCUCAAGAAGAUUUCCAGCCUGGACCAACUAGUGGAAGGAGAGAGUUAUGUGUGUGGCUCAAUUGAGCCCUUUAAGAAACUGGAGUAUACCAAGAAUGUGAACCCCAACUGGUCGGUGAACGUGAAGACCACUUCAGCUUCCCGGGCCGUGUCCUCACUGGCCACUGCCAAAGGGGGCCCUUCAGAGGUGCGGGAGAAUAAGGAUUUCAUUCGGCCUAAGCUGGUCACCAUCAUCAGAAGUGGGGUGAAGCCACGGAAAGCUGUCAGGAUUCUGCUGAACAAGAAAACUGCUCAUUCCUUUGAGCAGGUCCUCACCGAUAUAACGGAUGCCAUCAAGCUGGACUCGGGAGUGGUGAAGCGUCUGUACACCCUGGAUGGGAAACAGGUGAUGUGCCUUCAGGACUUUUUUGGUGACGAUGACAUUUUUAUUGCAUGUGGACCGGAGAAGUUCCGUUACCAGGAUGAUUUCUUGCUAGAUGAAAGUGAAUGUCGAGUGGUGAAGUCCACCUCUUACACCAAAAUAGCUUCAUCAUCUCGCCGGAGCACUACCAAGAGCCCAGGACCUUCCAGGCGCAGCAAAUCCCCUGCAUCAACUAGCUCAGUUAAUGGCACCCCUGGUAGUCAGCUCUCUACUCCACGUUCCGGCAAGUCGCCAAGCCCAUCACCCACCAGCCCAGGAAGCCUGCGGAAGCAGAGGAGCUCUCAACAUGGAGGCUCUUCUACUUCACUUGCGUCCACCAAAGUCUGCAGUUCGAUGGACGAGAAUGAUGGACCUGGAGAAGGUGAAGUGUCGGAGGAAGGCUUCCAGAUUCCAGCCACAAUAACAGAAAGAUAUAAAGUCGGAAGGACAAUAGGAGAUGGAAAUUUUGCUGUUGUCAAGGAAUGUGUAGAAAGGUCUACAGCUAGGGAGUAUGCUUUGAAAAUUAUCAAGAAAAGCAAAUGUCGAGGCAAAGAACACAUGAUCCAGAAUGAAGUGUCCAUUUUAAGAAGAGUGAAACAUCCCAAUAUUGUUCUUCUGAUUGAAGAGAUGGAUGUGCCAACUGAAUUGUAUCUUGUCAUGGAAUUAGUAAAGGGAGGAGACCUCUUUGAUGCCAUUACUUCCACUAACAAGUACACUGAGCGAGACGCCAGCGGGAUGCUGUACAACCUGGCCAGUGCCAUCAAAUACCUGCACAGUCUGAACAUAGUCCACCGUGACAUCAAGCCGGAGAACCUGCUGGUUUAUGAACACCAAGAUGGCAGCAAAUCACUGAAGCUGGGGGACUUUGGGCUGGCCACUAUCGUUGAUGGCCCUCUGUAUACAGUCUGCGGCACCCCGACAUAUGUGGCUCCAGAAAUCAUUGCAGAGACUGGAUAUGGCCUCAAGGUGGACACCUGGGCAGCUGGUGUGAUCACUUACAUUCUGCUAUGUGGUUUUCCUCCUUUCCGUGGAAGUGGUGAUGACCAGGAGGUGCUUUUUGAUCAAAUUCUGAUGGGACAAGUGGACUUUCCUUCUCCAUACUGGGAUAAUGUUUCCGAUUCUGCAAAGGAGCUCAUUACCAUGAUGCUGUUGGUCAAUGUUGAUCAGCGAUUUUCAGCCAUACAAGUCCUCGAGCAUCCCUGGGUUAAUGAUGACGGCCUCCCAGAAAAUGAGCAUCAACUGUCAGUAGCUGGAAAGAUAAAGAAACAUUUCAACACAGGCCCCAAACCGAAUAGCACAGCCGCUGGAGUUUCUGUCAUAGCAACCACCGCUCUUGAUAAGGAGAGGCAGGUUUUCCGACGAAGACGCAACCAGGAUGUGAGAAGCCGGUAUAAGGCACAGCCAGCUCCACCUGAACUCAACUCGGAAUCGGAAGACUACUCCCCAAGUUCAUCCGAGACUGUUCGCUCCCCCAAUUCGCCCUUUUAAUAAGAUCCUUUUACUCGAAGUCCUAGCUUAACCCUUUGAGACUCUGAGAUUUUUCCCCCCAAAUUUAUGUAAUAUGGUUUCAUCUGAUCCACCUAGCACUCGAUGCUUGAAUGGCAGAACAGAAGGUGUGUUUUCUGGUAUCUUUGUAGCAAUUUUCCUUUGCUGAAUGAGAUGACUUAUUGUUUGUCAAGAUGGCAACUUGCUGCUAAUUGGGUCCUCAAAGGGUUAAAGCUAAUUUGCAACUUUUUUUAAACAUAGAAGCAAUGAAUGUUUUCAUCAGUCAAGCUAGGGUCUGCAGUAUGUAAUAUAGCACAUGUUAACCCUCUGAGUGCAUAGAAUUUUAUGGAGAAGCCAUGGGGAACUUGUCAGGCCUUUGGAUGUAUAGCACAUGUUUCUUGAUUUUGCUGCAGAUCAAGGAAUGUUAUUAGGUGCUGAGAUGUCCAGAUAAGAUGGGCAUCUCGGAUAAUUUUUUGCUUGUCCUUUUGGCAUGGAUUUAGUACAUGGCAGGUAUAUCAUGUAGGCAUAGCACCCCUCUUUCUUGCCAAUUCUAUUAAGAAAGGGACUUAGUAAAAUUAGAAAAUGACUAUCAACUGCCCAGUUCUGCAUCCCGAGUGGAGGGAACUGGGUUUGUGGCAUACAGCCUGACCCAGGAUAUAGUGGUGCCCCUCCACCAAAAGAUUGUCUCCAUCAGAAGAUGUGCUGACGACGCCCCAGAAAUGCUGCUUCCAUAUCAGCUGCUGCUAGUGCCAACACAGAACCUCGGGAAGUCACCAUUUCUUGUCUUGUGCUCGGUGAGUGAGGGUCUGCUGCUCAGGUUGAGAAUCUACGAAAAGAAAUAACCAGUGGAAAAGAGCAAUAAAUUGCCAGGUGCUCUCUAGGGCUGGGAUUUCAAACAGAAAGAGGAACAGAUCCUGUUCUUUUUCUCACCCCCUUUUUCAUGCACUGCAGUCUUUCGUGUCAAUUCCAUACAGAGUAUAACAUCCACAUGUAGGAGCUCUGAGGCAGAGGGCCAGAGGCAAGUGCUUUGCAAAGUGACUAAAGAGAAACCACAGUGGGGAAACAAUCUAGAAUGUUCUUUUAAAAGGGUUUUUAAGGAAAUAAGCCACUGUUAAGACAAUUUCAUGUGAGCCCCUAGGUUAUCUACCUAGAGCUUCCCAGAGAGAGAAGGAGGAUGGGAGACCCAGAAGACACCCCUGAGGAUAAAGCAUUCAUUCUCUAGAAUGACCUUUUUUAAUACCACUAUCUUGAGCUGUCCAGAGGGACAUGUUGUGUUUUUGAUUUUGGGCCAAAUCCUGUCUGAAACCUUUAUUUUCACUCCUAUUACCAAAUCUUUCUUCCUAGCCCUAUGUCUGAUGAGUUAUUUCUGGAAUAUGUUAUAUUUCAGAAGGGGCAUCUGCCAUUGUCUGCAUGUCACUGCAGAGUUUCAAGAGGAGGCUAACCGUGUGUCCUAGAGACAGGACUCCCACUCAGAUAUCCUCCCAAGGUCUCCAAAGCUGUGUGAUCCAAGAGACAGGAGUGAGUAAUGUCUCAGAAAAUUUGCAUCUGAAAGGCCAACAUUUUUUUUGAAUAUACUUCAAUGUCUGAAAAUCUAGACAUUUGUAUAUCACAUUUCUAUAGUCAGUUCUUUAUUUUCAGAUAU